CUUGUACAGCUUCGAAAAAUAAAUGUUGCUUCUUUCCCAAUCCAGUACAACGAGAGCUUUUACCAAGAUAUACUAAAACGAGGCAAUGAAGCACUCAAUAAGUUCGCCUACUGGAAUGGGUUUGUCGUAGGAGCACUUUGCACUCGCUUUGAAGAGAUGAAGAAUGGCAAACGAAGACUUUACAUCAUGACUUUGGCUGUGCUGGCCGCUUACCGAGGACGAAAUAUCGGUAGCCAACUUCUUCAAUCCGUACUCGAUUAUUGCGUCGAGCAUCAGAUAGCAAGCGAGAUCGCACUGCAUGUACAAAUUUCGAAUCGAGACGCCAUACGUUUCUACACGGAGCGCUUCAAUUUUCAUCAAGGUGAAAUGGUGGAAAACUACUACAGAAGGAUCGACCCACCGCAUUGCUAUCUCCUAUUUAAAAGCCUG